AUUACACAUUUCGCCAUUUGUGGCUAACUUUACAAAUUUUUACAACCAAAGGACUAAAAACCAAGGUUGUAGGUCAAAACAACAAAGAUCUGCGAUGAAAAGGGACUAGGUACAGCCCAGGCUCCAAUCUCGAGAUUCCGACGCAAUAAGCGAACAAACUCUGCAAAAUAUGGAAAAUUGUGCAAGUACACUAAUCUCAAAGGUCUCUGAGACCGUUAAUUUGAUCCUGGGUAGUUGUAUUCCAAAGCGCGAAAACGACUAUGAGGAGCAUUUUGAUGGGCCAAAGGAUGAUGAAUGUAGAAAGGAAGAGCUGAAACAACUGGUUUCCAUGUUCGCAUCAAACGCACAAAACUAUAUUGGAUGCAUCAGAAUAUCACUAGACGAUGGUAAAAAGCUGGAGUCGAGCUACAAGCUUGACAGUAAGCUAGAGGUACUUUGUAUCAAGACUGGAAAGCAUCUCCAAGAGAUUCCCCUGUCCAGCGUUGACGGCAUUUACAAUUUUGAUGAUGUCUCUAGUGACGAGAACAUGAUGCAAAACAAGACUAUUGAUACACUCACCAGGAACGAAAGGAGUCGCUUUGUAAUGAUUGAACAUUUCGAAAAUGGUCAAAGGCAAAGGCUAUUUAUGCUUGUCGAAGAGGUUGGAAAUAGUGACCCAUUUGUCACUGUUUUACGUAUUUUAAAAAUGUACGCUGAUAAUAAAACUUGAACUAUAC